GCCUGCGGAGGUGCUGGGCCACUCCCUGGGCGCCCGCGGGGAAGUGGCGCGGUGAGCGUCCUCCGGCUUCUGUGCGGAGAUCCGUGCCUCGUCCUGGGCCCGGCCGCCGGACUUGGCUGCGGCUCUAGUCAAGUCUUCCCAAGCUAAGAUAAUUUUUUGGAACUGCAGAAAUUGUUGGCGAUAGCUACAAAUGGGAAUUUGGAGUUGGUCUGAAAUUCAUCUUGAAAUAAUUGUGUUUGACUGGAACCAUAUCUUAUGAAGUCACCAAGGAUGAGAGUCUAUGCUAAGUCAGUGUUACUGUCACACUGGCUCUUUCUGGCCUAUGUGUUAAUGGUGUGCUGUAAGCUGAUGUCCGCCUCGAGCCAGCACCUCCGGGGACACGCAGGUCACCACCAAAUCAAGCAAGGGACCUGUGAGGUGGUCGCUGUGCACAGGUGCUGUAAUAAGAACCGCAUAGAAGAGCGAUCGCAAACAGUCAAGUGUUCCUGCUUCCCAGGACAGGUUGCUGGCACAACUCGGGCUCAGCCUUCUUGCGUUGAAGCUUCCAUCGUGAUUCAGAAGUGGUGGUGCCACAUGAAUCCUUGCUUGGAAGGAGAGGAUUGUAAAGUGCUGCCAGAUUACUCAGGUUGGUCCUGUAGCAGUGGCAAUAAAGUCAAAACUACAAAGGUAACACGGUAGCAAAGACAGAUGUGCUUAACGUGGGAGGAGCGACAGGAUGCAGAAGUCUCCUAUUUGGAUUACCAUCCUGGCUGGUUUGUGGAAAAUCGUCUUGGAUUUCAGCAACAUCACAUUUGUAUAAGUAUGCUGUACGGAGUGUCAUUCACUUAACUGUCCCAGCCCUCUCGGCUUCAUGAUUUUAUUACAUUGAAUUAUAGCCACGGGCUGCCACACAAUUCACAUCCUAUCUGGAUCCCAAGGACCAAACCUCCAAGAAACCCUGGAGGAACAAAGCAGAGACUUCAAAGUGGAUCUUCACUGGGUCUUCUGUUUCUUUCUGCCUUCACAAAGGAGCGUGGACGGGUUCACAGGGUUCUUAUUCCGGUCUUCUUUUGAACUUUUCCUUUAGUCCUUGCAUUAAAGCGGUUUCAAAGGGGUCUAAGUAUCAAAAUGCUUUGGCAAAACAUAUUUGCAGGUGUAGCUCAAUGAAAACUCUGAUUAGGGAGGAAAAUUUAUUUUCUAUAUCUUAAUGAAUAGACUUGGUGGGGUUCUUGUGUGUGCAUUUGUAUUUUUGCUUUAGAGCGUUUCAAUGUUUGCACUUUAAGUUCUGUUGUCAGGUUAGCAGAAAUAAAAUAACAUUUUAAUAUCAGUACACCAUUUUACUGAGUGCUAAGGAAGUGUAUCAGCUCCAGUAUUUUAUAACCAAAGCUUGAUCAUGACAUAUUCACAAAAGAAAUAACUCCUGUGGGGAUUUUUACGGCUUAAGGUAUAGUCAUAGAAGUAAAUUAUUUAAAAUCUGCAACAGUCUCUGUUUAGAUCAAGGGUGAUUUCUGAGAUCCAGUUUAUGUCACUUAAAAUAUUUUGUUAACCCUUAGAAGUCUUGAAAUGUUUGAUUUUUAGACUGUAAAUGAUUUAUUCACUUAGCACUUUUCUCGUUAUUUUAUUUUUUUAAAUGUAAGUAAAAUCUGAGUCAUUUUCUCUUGGUUUAAUGAUUUUGCAGCCGACGUGUGUCUGCAUAGUCUCAGAUGCUGUCAUGGAGAAAUAUAUUGCAGAUGAAAAGUGACUGACCCAGAUUUUAAAUGCAUAAUGUCAUUGAAACACCUACUACUGUAAUAACUGAUAGAUUUUAUAAAGAAAUGCCAAAAACAUCCUUUCUGCACUAUUAAUUAUCCUUGUCCUUUCACAGUCAUUGGGGAAAACAUUACUAUAACAUUUACAGGAGCAACAAGUAUGUCUAUUUUAGUCUUGCAAAAAGAAUGGAAAUGGCUGACAUGCACUUGUUGGCUAACUUUGAAUUUGGACGCUUACCAGAAUUAUUACUGUCCUAUGAGUAAGUAAAAAAGUCACUCUGCUGAUGGCACAUAAA